GCGCCCCUUUCUUGAGACUUGUCUUGUCUUGUGGGAUCUUAAUCAUUCCUGCACAAAUCCAAUCAUUCCAAUGAUAGUCCGACAUUUAGAAGUUCGUUCCCAAUGAGCACGUCGCGUAGCACUUUGUAAACGUCAUUCUCAGGCAGGUACGAAUUGCCCCGGGAGUCGACUGUCCAUUAGAGCAUCCAUUCAAUUUUUAUUUUAGUUUUUUUUUUUUUUGUCCUCAGAGAGGCUGCUGAGCUUUUAGUCUUGCUAGCUAGCGUUAGCCGAGUGGCAGCCGACCGCUGGAGGGAUCACUAAAAUGUCGGGUUACCAAGGAAAAAAGAAUAUUCCUCGAAUCACUAGUGACCGUCUCCUCAUAAAAGGAGCAAAGAUCGUGAAUGAUGAUCAGUCUUUCAUGGCCGAUAUCUACAUGGAGGAUGGAGUCAUCAAGCAAAUAGGUGACAACCUCAUUGUCCCGGGGGGAGUUAAGAUCAUAGAGGCUCACGGUAGGAUGGUGAUGCCCGGAGGCAUCGACGUGCACACCCGUUUCCAGAUGCCCGACCGAGGCAUGGUGGCAGCAGAUGACUUCUACCAGGGCACCAGGGCAGCCCUGGCGGGGGGCACCACCAUGAUCAUUGACCACGUGGUGCCGGAUCCUGGCACAGGCUUGGUGGCAGCUUUCAAGCAGUGGCGAGAAUCGGCUGACAGCAAAUCCUGUUGCGACUACUCUCUCCACGUGGACAUAACCGACUGGAAAAAAGGCACUCAGGAGGAGAUGGAGACUUUGGUGAAGGAACACGGUGUCAACUCUUUCCUGGUCUAUUUGGCCUAUAAGGAUGUUUUUCAGCUUUCUGACUCUCAGAUUUACGAGGUGUUCAGUGUCAUCAGAGACCUCGGUGCCAUCGCUCAAGUGCACGCUGAGAAUGGUGACAUCAUUGCUGAGGAGCAGCGACGUAUUCUGGAGCUGGGUAUAACUGGGCCUGAAGGUCACGUACUCAGCCGCCCAGAAGAGGUGGAGGCGGAAGCAGUCAAUCGCUCUAUCACCAUCGCCAAUCAGACCAAUUGUCCUGUCUACAUCACCAAGGUGAUGAGCAAGAGUGCCGCCGAUGUUAUCGCUUUGGCCAGGAAAAAGGGUUCUGUUGUUUUCGGAGAGCCCAUCUCGGCAAGUUUGGGCACAGACGGGACCCAUUACUGGAGCAAGAACUGGGCCAAGGCUGCGACCUACGUCACUUCUCCACCACUCAGUCCGGAUCCCACCACCCCUGAUUACCUCAGCUCCCUGUUGUCAUGUGGGGAUCUACAGGUGACUGGUAGCGCUCACUGCACCUUCCAGACAUCGCAGCGCGCAGUCGGCAAAGACAACUUCAGCCUAAUCCCGGAGGGCACCAAUGGCACCGAAGAGAGGAUGUCCCUGAUUUGGGAUAAAUGCGUGGUGACUGGCAAGAUGGAUGAGAACCAGUUUGUUGCAGUGACCAGCACCAAUGCCGCCAAGAUCUUCAACCUGUUUCCCCGCAAGGGCCGCAUCGCCGUGGGUUCUGACGCCGACCUCGUCCUGUGGGACCCGGACGUCACCAAGAUCAUCUCGGCCAAGAACCACAACUCGACUGUCGAGUACAACAUCUUCGAGGGCACAGAAGUGCGCGGCGGUCCUCUGGUGGUGAUCAGCCAGGGGAAAGUUGUGAUGGAAGAGGGCAGUCUUCACACGACAGAGGGCUGCGGGCGCUACGUCGGCCGUAAAGCCUUUCCGGACCACGUGUACAAGAAGAUAAAGGCUCGCAGCAGGCUGACAGAGUUGCGUGGAGUCCCCCGGGGUCAGUACGACGGGCCCGUGUGCGAGGUGAUACUUACCCCCAAGGUCCUGAUCCCAGUCUCCGCCGUGAAGACCUCUCCCACCAAGCAGCAACAGCAGCAGCAAUUUAUUCAGCAGCCCGUGCGCAACCUCCACCAGUCUGGCUUCAGUCUGUCAGGCGCCCAAAUUGAUGACAACGUUCCACGCCGGAACACCCAGCGCAUCGUGGCUCCCCCUGGAGGAAAAGCUAACAUCACCAGUCUCGGUUAAAGUCUUUUAUACAGGGACGUCCCAAUGAAUUAGAAUGUAUUUACUCAAAUUUAUUGAAAAUGACAUACCUACAUCAAUUGUGCAAAAGAAGCCGGCAGAUGACUAUCGAUGUGAUUUUUCAAUUGAAAAAUGCAAUAAGAAAAUAGCAUGACGCCUCACACAGCUCCGCAACAAAUUUGAGAACAAAACAAACCAAAAAAAAAAAAAUCACAUCUGUCGUCUUUUUGUAGGUAUGUCCUCGCAAUAAAUUACAAAAAGAAUCUAUUCUAAUUUGCUGAGAUGGACCAGAAUCUGCAAUUGCACCAA